ACAGGACAGCCGAGUAUGGGCGGCUGUAUGCACAACACCCAGAACCACGCAGGCCACUCAGAAGGGGAGCCCAGGCCUUCGGCAGCCCCAACAUCCACUUUCAGGGCUAGAAAAAUGCCCAAAAGUGUUUCAAUAUCCAAACAACUGGCUUCAAUAAAAGAUUUGAAGAAUGGCUCGGAGCUUGAGAAAGCUAUCGCCACUGCGGCUCUCAUUUUCAUAAGCUCUUCUGGCCCUGAUGGCAAACUUGGCAAAGACGCUGCCAAAACUCUGCUGCAAACCCAGUUUAAACAUUUCACAGAGAAAAUAGAAACCAAGGCAACAUACCAAGACAUCCUUUCUGACCUUGAUGAACAUACAGAAAACAAGCUGGAUUUCGAGGACUUCAUGGUCUUGCUUCUAAGUGUCACCGUCAUGUCAGAUCUGCUACAAAAUAUCUGGAGUGUGAAAAUUAUGAAAUAA